UAGAGAAAUGACACUUUGUCAACAUUCCCGUUUUUCCAUGAUAUUUUAGUGCGACCUGCAAUGUCUAUGUGAGGGCUGUUUUAAGCACCAUGUCGAGAACAUAGAGGGGGCGGGCAUGGUGAGCCAGAAAAUUUGAGUUUUGACCUCGAAAAGGGACUAGAAAUGAAAGAAGGAAUACUCGGUUGCUGAUGAGAACGGCCUUAAUUGCCCGGUCAUUGUACAACGAUCCCGUCAGCACUGACGUCAUCGACUCAUUGUCAAGACUCGCAACCCAAGCCGAUAUUAUUCAUACCACUCGCGAGUGACGUGUCCGUGUUUGUGUGUGUGUGUUUGCCUACCAGACUGACACCAGACUUUCCUUCUUGUGCUUGGCUGCCCGCCGCUGUUUCACCAGACAGUAUUGUGUAUACUGCUGUUUCAAGUUCGUUGCUCUCUAAUGUGUUGGCACAGUUAGUUUCUGCAUGAAAUAGUUACUGACAAUCUGGCCUUGUGGCAGCAAGCGGAGAAUAUAUUAAUGAAGCAUUGUUGUUGGUAACCAGCAUGGAGGCCAGAGUUGAACAGGCUAAGAUCUUUGGGAAGAAAUUUGCCCGCACCAACAAGUUCAUCCACACUAACAAGCUAUGGAUGCAGACGAUCCCAACACGAGACUGCGACGUCCUGAUGACCUUCCCAGCCAAGACGGACGAUGACACCCUCAUGUGGCUGCUGUCUCGAUUCCGAGCGAGGACUCCACAGCUUGGGGUACAUGUGAGGCACCAUGGACACACGGGGGUGUAUGGGUUCUACUUGACUGCCACGUAUUCACAUUUAUUGAAAGGAGGUGAAGAGCUUGGACUGAGAAAACCUUUGAAGGAGGAGUAUGGAGGAGGGCUGAAGGAGUUCACAUGCGCUGAAGAGAGCAUCUUUGAAGGUGUCGACAAUGAGAAAGAAUUCUUCUCCUCACAGCAACGCCAGGCAAUCGUGAAUCACAUGCUGUUGAAUCUGCGUGCUGUGGACGGGGACAAGAUUGGGAAGGUCAGAUUCCAUGAAGGACAGGCUAUCGUUCCUAAGCUGCUUUCCAGGGGGAUUGUCUCUCAAGUUCUACCAUUGCAUAAUAGCGAUACCCUGAAGAGUCUAAAAACUACUUGGGUCCAAGCGUUUUUUCGUAAUCAGCCACUAGAUGAUAUCUGUGAGUAUUUUGGAGUGAAGAUUGCAAUGUACUUUGCUUGGUUGGGACAAUACACCAAGGCACUCUUCUUCCCUGCUCUCUUGGGUGCCAUUCUGACAUUCUACACUACUAGUGAUCAGGCAAGUGAAGAUUUCAACUUUGUGAUCUUCACGAUAUUCAACAUCAUCUGGGCAACGCUGUACCUUGAAUCAUGGAAGAGGAGAGGGGCGGAGCUAGCUUAUCAUUGGGGGACGAUAGACUCCAAGCAUGAGCUCAUUGAUGAUCCAAGACCACUCUAUACAGGUGAUCCUCAGAUAAGUCCAGUCUCAGGCUGUAUGGAACCCCACUACCCAGCGUGGAAGCGGAACCUAUUCCGUUACUUUGUGACCCUUCCCAUCAUCCUCCUGUGCCUCAUCGUGACCUUUGGCAUAAUGCUGUCCAUCUUUGAACUCCAGGAAUUCAUCAAUCGUCAGAUAGAGAAGGAAAGAUUUACAGGUUGGGUAGGUGUCCUCCCCAAGAUUCUCCUGGCUUUAGUUAUCAACGUCUUGGAAGAGAUCUAUAAGAAGAUUGCUCACUGGCUGAACGACAAAGAAAACUACAGACUACAAGCCACAUACGAGAAUCAUCUCAUCAUUAAACUAGUUGUGGUGCAGUUUAUCAAUAAUUUCCUGGCCUUAUUCUACAUUGCAUUUUAUCUAAAAGACAUGAAGAGGCUUAAACAGACGCUUGCAACAACCAUUAUAACCAAACAGUUGAUCGGUAAUCUGAAGGAGUCCAUCUUGCCUUAUGUCUUGGAGAAACUGAAGGUGUAUCAGAUGACUUACAAGCUUGUGGAGGAGACUGUGAACAUGGAUGACGGCACGGAGGAGAUAGCCAAGGCAGCAAAGGCUGAACCCGCAGAGGAAGAAGAACCAGUAUUGGAAAUGGAUGACAAUCCAGAUGCAUCUCCUGAGCAAAGGGAGUUAUACCAUAGUAAGGAGUCAAAUGAAAAGUUCACUCUUACUCAGGCGGAGGUAGAGAGCUCCAUGAAGACCUAUGAGGACACAUUUGAGGACUACCUUGAGAUGUUUAUCCAAUUCGGUUAUGUCAUCCUCUUCUCAUCUGCAUUCCCUCUGGCCGCUGUCUGUGCCCUGGUCAACAAUGUCAUUGAGAUACGCAGCGAUGCCUUCAAGUUAUGCUCCAGUAUGCAGAGACCGUUCAGCCAAAGGGUGGAGAACAUUGGCACAUGGCAGGAUGCGAUGGAAGUAAUGGGAGUCAUAGGAGUUCUAGUCAACUGUGCCUUGCUGGGUACAACGGGGCAAGUUGGAAGGGCCUUCCCUUGGUUAUCCACAGCUGGUGUUAUUCUUGUCGUAGUGUUUUUGGAGCACAUCAUUAUUGCUGUCAAGUUUGCUAUAGCGUACGCUAUUCCUGACAUUCCACACUGGGUGUCCAUGGAGAUGGCUAAACUAGAAUUCAACCGCAGAGAAGCUCUCAAGAAACUUGAGCAGGCCACAAUGCAGACACACAAAGAAAACCUGUCCAGAGAGUCGACCAUACCAACCACGUCAACUACCGAAACAACGAGGGAGCCCUCUCAAAAGGUGAUUGAAAAACCCAAUAAUCUGCCCACCCCGGCUACAUCUAAACCGUCAGUUAAGAAGCAAGAUCCAAGCAGGGUGUGGCCCCCGGCGAUGGCGGACGUAGCUGCAAAUUUUAAUGUGUUCUCGGAUUUAGAGAAGAUACGUAGCCCUCCAACAUCACCCUCGGAGCCCGAGACACCCAUUUCACCCGCAACGCCCAUUUCGCCCUCGGCGCCCAUUUUGCCACCGACUCCAAAGUCAGAGGAUGAGAAGAAGAAGGAUUGAUCAAAAGGUCGCUUUUCAUACAUUUUGGUUUUCUUUGAUGGCUUGGUGCAUAAUUUUUUUAAUUGUCUAUAUUUUUGUGGUGGAAGACAAAGUUUUGGUGUAGGAAGCAUAGGCUGCAAAGGUUUUGUAUUUUUGUGUGGAUCAGAUUUUGUUUUAUAUUAGAAACUUGAGGCCAGUUUCAUAAAGCCUGUAAUUUUGCCUACUGAGCCUUUAUACUUCUUUCUAACUGUAACUGUAAACAAAUCAAAAACGUAACCUGAGCUUAUGGUUCUUGCUAGCAGAUAAGUGACACAACAAUGCAAAUCCACUGCCUGCAUGUGUCGUCAAAUUUGGUCGUAUAUGGAGUUUAGCCUCUCUAGUCAGCAUAUUUGUAGGCACCUGUCUAUUUGUAAACUAUCCGCUACGGAGGGGUGUUUCUGAACCUCGGCUCAGGCUGUUGUUUCUACUUAGGCGCGCUCCUUCAUCAAUUUUUGAAGCAGUUUGCAUUCUGCAUGGUGCAGCUCUUAGUAAAACCAUUUUAGCUAUUCUGUUUAAUUGACAGUCCAUUAUCACUAGCUGUACGUUGCAGUCACUUGUCUAUUCACGGCCGUCUUGCUUUACCACCCCUGAAUUCAUCCACUUUUUCGGCCUUCUGUCCACACUUUCAACCCGUCCAUUAUGAUCAAUCUGUCCAUUUUAUCUCUCUUUCUCUAUGACUCCAUUUAUCCAAUUUGAGAUGAGAUAAUUAGAAGUGUUUCUUGUGUAGUGUGGUGAAAAAAAUAGGCAGAUCCAAAGUGUAAGUGUACACAUCAAAGUGCAAUUUUCUGCUCCCUAAGGUUUUCCGGAAGACGCUCGCUACCUAGGGUAUAACGGAAGACAUUUGAUAUAUUAUUCAUAAAUACUGUGGAGGGUUUAGAUAUUCUGAUUGGUCCAAACUGGAUCACAUGGUUAUGUUUCACCAGUCUUCACAGAUGGUAAUAAAAAGAGGAGGUUUUUUAGACCAUUUAGACAACACGCUGAGUUCGAUGCUCAUAGCCAUACAAGUGUUUACACAUGGGUGCUAAUCUGCGUAGGGCCAACACUUGAGUGUCGAACUGGGAACAGAUCUUCCGGAAUUGACAGGAAUUGCAUGGUACAAAACUGACAAGUUUUACAGAUAGUAUUUUCACAAGAAGGUUAUAGUAAAAGAUAAGCAAUUUGGUCUUUUACAGAUGUUUUAGACUUGCAGGGUUAUGGCCAUGCGAUAAAAAGAUUAUCAAAUUACACAGCCAUGACCUUGCCUCGCUCUUUAUUCCCGUAGUAGAAAAUAAUUGUGCUCUAGCUGCUAGUGUUUCUGAGGCUAAAGGAUCUCUUAAUCAAGAAAUUUGUAGAAACUCUUUGGUCAAUUCUGAAAAUGUAACGUUCCUGUUAUUUUUGCACCCUGGCCGCACCCCUGGCAAAGGGAUAGGUUUGGGAGAUUGAAUGUUAUUUUUUUGUGAAGAUUUUCUGUCUACCGGAAAACCUCGGAAGGGAUAUUUUUUGGAAGGGACUUCUAUAUUAAUUACAAAAUCAUGUUAUAGAUGUAAAUUCAUGUAACUCUGUACCACACAAUAGUCAAUUUUUGCAAGAGCUAAUUCUUCUUCACAUUUUCUUGAAAGUUUGUAUUGCCUUUUUUACCAAAGUGGAUGGUAUUGUGUUUGGCAUUAUUGUCAAUUGUCAAUUUUGAGGGUGCCUUUGAUAUGAAAUUUGAAAUUGGAAAUGAAUUAAGCACAGUAAAGAAAUAAUGGCGUCAUACAUUAUAUAAGUUGCAAAAGUGUUGAUGAAUUUUGUUGUCUUUAAAUGUAAUGCCAUUUGAUGUAUAAAUCGUUGUAUGAAGAUUUAUCACUUUUUCUAACAACACUUGUCUCUAACUUUUGAAAAAUUCAAUUCUCAUGCUCUUUAUUUGAGGAAAGACUAAAAUAUUUUAUAAAAGUAAAGAAUAUUUGGUGCAAUUUAGACGUGCUUGCUGCAUUUUCAUACUUUCUAAUCGUUCAUAGCCUUCGUAUUUAUCAUUAAUCAGCGAUUUCGAUUUUAUAAUGAUAAUAAGUCUGAAAUUUUAGCUUAAGAAAUUUAAUUUAUUUGACAAAAUUAAAUGUCGUGCAAUAGGUAGUAGCCAUUUUUCUGUAUUAAUUUGUUCAAUAUGGUUAUGUUUGGAAUGUCUAAAUUUGCAAGUAUCUUUUUUUCUGAAUUGAUAGUAGUUUUUUGACUCUCUGUUUAAUUGUGUAUUAAUUUAAAGAUAUAUGUGGUAGUAAAGGUAGUUUUAUGAUAAUUGUUGAUUUUUUUGUUACAAUUUACCUUUUUUAUUUUGAUAAACUAAAGAACCCUGGAAAUACACAAACCUCUGUGGAGUGGAAUUUUAAAUAUUUGAUAGUUUAAAGUUCAGUUUCUGAUAUUCUUCUGUGAGAUUGAGUGCAAUUUGUAUAUAAAAUCUUUAAGGAUAGACCAUAUUGGACCUCAAAACCAGUACUGCGCAGAUCUAAGUACAUAUAUUGGACAUCUUGGUUUUUAUUUACUGUACACCAAACUUUAUUAUAGAUGUACCUGUGGGUCACUAUUUUUAUUUGCACAGAACUAGAUAUUGAACAGUUGAAUCAUUCGUUAUCUUAUUGAACUAGAACAAAAGUAUUAGACCUUUGUGUCACUAUAUUCAUAUAGUACAGUAAUAUACACAUAUCUAAAUAUUGGACUGUUGAGUCAGUCGCUUUUUUUAUUUUAUUGGGCAGACCCCUGUGUUCUUUUUUUAUAAUGUGGACAAUUUAUAGACUUGUAUUUAUAUUUCAAAGAUCUAAAUAUUGCACUGCUGAGUCAGUUACUGUCUAUAUAUUGGGCAGAACUAUAGGACCACUUGGUUCUUUUCUUUUAACCUAUCACAAAAUUAAGUAUUAGACCUGUGAGUCAAUAUAUUCAUACUAUAUAUAUUUAAAUAUUGGACCGCUGAAUCAGUCUAUGUUUGUAUUGGGUAAAACUAUAGGACCACUUGGUUCUUAUUUACUUAUAAAAAAUUGUAGGUAUUAGACCGAUGAGUCACUAUAUAUUUCACAGAUUUAAAUACUGGACUUCUAAGUCAAUACUAUCUUUAUAUUGCACGAAACUAAAACCUUAUAGGACUUCAGACUCAUAAUUUUAAUGUAUAUAGUAAGUAUAGGAUCUCUUAGCCACUAUUUUGAUAUCUCUUAGGUAGGAUGCUGCUAUUUUUUAGUGCAUUAUUUAUUUCACUCAAAUGAUGCACCGUUUUCAACAGGGUAAGGAAUAUAUUACUUUGUCACAAAAACAAGUACUAUUUCAAGCUAAAUAUUGAUUGAAAGUAAAAGUAUUUUUAUUGGUUCCUUGACAAUCAACUUUUGUUUUACUUUAUUUAGAAUAAGAGAUUUUGUUCUGUUUUGUGUUGUAUUUUUUGUAGGUUGAGUUUUAAUAGGGUAUUCUUUAAUCGAUGUUUUGUUCUAGCAUUUUAUUUACCUAUGAAUUGUCAUAAUGCUGUUUUUCCAAAUGGGGUUUAACGCGUUAAGUUUGUCUAUGCUACAUGCUACCCAAACUACGCGUUAAAUCACUUUGUUUGUAAAUUAAUUAAUUUGUUUAAGUGGAAGCACCUUACUCAUGAUAACCAUUCCCCAAUUUCACAAAGCCUGUAAGCAAACAAAUCUUGCUAAUCACAGAGCUAUAUCUGGAUAACCUUCCAUAUGGCGCCACCUCUUGUUCACUCAUUUUUACAAUAAGGGAUAUCUCAUUGAGGUAAAUGAGAUACUAUAUUAUUUCAUAUCGAGUGAAAAAGUAGUGGCGCCAAACGGAAACUUUUCCCUGUAUCUCCCAUAAAGUUCACACUGUUGCAACUGAUUCCCAAGUUGGCCCAAUUUUUUCUUUUUAUCUCCUCAACCUUUCAGACCCAAACUCUUUGCUGAAUACUGGUGAGUGUUACAUUUUGAGUAGUUACUUCUUUACUCAUGGUAUAAACUCGUACUCGUAUAACGUACAUCAUCUGGGCCCAAUACUAUAAAACUUUUCUUUGCUAAGCAAAAAUUGAGUGGGGUACCAGUGAAAACAAAUGUAAACUGAAUGUAAUUUUGGCCGGUUGUCCGUUCUGUGCGUAGCAAGUAUUCGUGCUUACAGGCUUUAUAAAAUCUGGCCCUGCUGUGUGAGCAUAAACACGAUACAGGGGCCCAAUUUCAUAGAGCAAGUUGCUAAGCACUAGAAAUGAUGCUUACCAGAAUAGGUUCCAAGCUAAAUUGACGAGGUGUGUAACUGAUAUUCUGCUUAGUUUUGCUGAGUGAAAUUUUUUAAACAAUAUUUUCUGCGAGUUUAAAUGGCAUAUUGAUAUUACUUUGACUGGAGAAAUAUUAAUUGCAAAAUAUUUUAUUAUAUUAGCCAAUUUAGGGCAUAGAAAAAUGGAUUCCGAGUAUUCAGUUGUGUCUAUGAUUCAUUUAAAUUCAUGGGGUAACUGGAUCUCAUUCAUUAUCCGUAUUUGGCGAUUGUUUUAAAUAAAUAUUACGAUAUUUUGACAGUUUCAGUAA